AUGAUUACAAGACCGAUCAGAUAUGUUGAUGUUCAAAAUACUGAUAAUUUUGUGUGGAGGCCAGAUCAUAGAAUUACAAGUUGGUGUAUGAAUUUGAAUUUAAUCUCGUUCUACAUACUGAGAAGACGAAGAUAAACUACAAUAGGAACGAGGACUGCGACGAGGACGCGAUGAAUAUGCAACAAUGAGAACAAAG